AUGGUCACCAAAUAUGCAUCUGUCAAGGCACCUUGCCUACUAGGCAUUAGAUAUAAAACUAUAUUUAUCAUUCUACAAAUCGUAAAUGCAAUCCGUUAUUAUAUCCGUCCAGAGGAGUUCGAUGCUAGAUCUUCUUGGAAACAUAUCACAGUGAUAUGUGUUGCUUUUCCAAGUGCGUGCGCUUUCUUACAUGGAUCAAUUGGAAAUGAGAAGAAUUGGGAAUGGGCACAGCACUUUCUGGUGGGCGCAGGAGGUGUCUACAUGCUCAAUAUAAUUAUCAGCAAUGUAUCAUUUAUAUUUACCCCAGAAAAUGACCCGAUUCGGUUGGAGUAUCUACGAGAUCAAGGAAUCUAUUGGCUCGAAACACACAUAACCAUCGCAAUGUGGUUUAUCGCAAGAGCCGAGAUUCGAUAUUAUAGUUCAAUUGAGUAUUUGAAUAAAAUGAAUGAAGAAUAUGUAUCACUUCACCCGAAGAAAGUGAACAAGCGACAACGAAAAGCGGAGGAAAACUCGGACAAGGAAAAGCCAAAAAAACAAAGUUGGUUCGAGAGAAUUUUCGGAAUCUAA